GUCGCAAAAGACGCACGCUGAGGGCGGACGGCUCGUGUUUUGGCAAGUUUUCUGGUGGAGUUUCCGGCCCGGCUGGAAACGUGAAGCACGAGCUUCCCUUCCUGCUGAAGCCGGUUCCGGCAGUUCUCGGUGUAGCAGCUUCCGAGGCAGGGGUCGGGUGGGCCGUCUCUCUCUGUCUCUCUCUCUCGAGCGGCCAUGAAGAUCACGCGGCAGAAGCACGCGAAGAAGCACCUGGGCUUCUUCCGCUACAACUUCGGCGUCCGGGAGCCGUACCAGCUGCUGCUGGACGGCACCUUCUGUCAGGCGGCGCUGCGGGGCCGCAUCCAGCUCCGCGAGCAGCUGCCCCGCUACCUCAUGGGGGAGACGCAGCUCUGCACCACCAGAUGUGUGUUAAAGGAAUUAGAAUCAUUGGGGAAGGAGUUAUAUGGUGCAAAACUAAUUGCACAAAGAUGUCAGGUUCGAAGUUGUUCCCAUUUCAAAGAUUCAGUGAGUGGUGCUGAAUGUCUAUUAUCCAUGAUUGAAGAUGGAAAUCCUCACCAUUUUUUUGUUGCAACACAGGACCAGAGUUUAUCUCUUCAAGUAAAGAAAACACCUGGAGUUCCUCUCUUGUUUAUCAUUCAGAACACCGUUGUUUUGGACAAACCUUCUGCCAAAACAAUUGCCCAUGUCAAAGCAGCGGAAUCAGGGCAUCUAGUCUCUGUUCACCAGAAACAGAACAUCAAGAAACUCAAAGAAGAGCAAGGUCUAGUGAAAACCCCUGAACAGAAAAAGAGGAAGAAACGCAAAGGCGUGAGUGGUCCCAAUCCUCUUAGCUGUCUGAAGAAAAAGAAGAAGGUGCAAGAUUCAAACCAGUCUUCUGCCCCUGAAAAGAAAAGAAGGAGAAGAAUUCGUAACAGAAAUAGAACGAAAGCACUUUCUGUGCCAUCAGUGGAGCAGAGUGAAGAAAUACAAUGAAACUCAAUGGAUUAAUUGAACUGGAAAGUUUCUAGACAUUGACUAAACUCUUCAUUUCUAAAGCAAAUUAAAGUUUAUGAGUCCUGUCAAUGUUUGUGAUGAAAAUUUAAAGACAUCUUUAUGAAUUUACCUGGACCUGUUGGUUGUCACCUGAAAAAUAAAAUCAAAAAAUGAACAAGAAUUGAAUAUAUAAAAAUAUGACAAUCCUACCUCUACCCCUCUGUCUCUUACCUCCUUGGCUCCCCCAGUCAUUCUUGUUAGGUUAUAGGUGUUUCCUUCUAUUCAUUGUUGCUGUGGAAUUAGCAGGUCUGAACCAGUCGAUCAGAAAUGUUGAGGGUUUAUUGUGAGGUGGAAGUUCAAAAUACAAAUAUGACUUAAAAACAAAUAGAUAAUACAGGUUUUAUCUUAUGUUUUAUUCACCAGAUUAGUAACAACAUUUUUACCUGUUAAAUUAAGUUGUUCUUCCUUUCCCCUUGGAUUGGGAGCUGGGUUAAAUGCCUGAUUUUGGAAAAAUGAAAUGUCAAAUUUAAUAUACGCUUAGAAUUAUUUAUAUUGUUUUAUUGGUUCCCUUUAGAAAUAAUCUUAAAAUUUCAUAUGAAAAUCUUUCAUAAUAUUUUUAUACAUGAUAGCACUCAAUUUCAGUGACCAUUUUGUUUUUCUUAAAUGGACCUUUUUGUGUGUGUGAGGCAUUUGGGGUUAAGUGACUUGCCCAGGGUCACACAGCUAGUGAAAAGUUGCUGUCUAUAUUUCUAGCUAGACCGUCUAAAAAUCUAAUGAGUGGUCUCCAGUAAAUUAGAAGCUUUAGCAAGAGUUUAGACUUUUAAGCAUUUAUUAAAGAGCAUAAGAAUUUGGUGAGGAGAGAGAAAGAGGCCUAGAUGCUUUCAUCUACCUAAGGGAGCCAGCGUCUCGGCUCCACUCCACAAGCCUCCUGUGAAAUUGGAAACAGUCCGUCCACAUAUCCACAGCUCCAAGCUAAUUGGCUGGUAGCUUUGAUCAACAGUACCCACGAGCGAAUGUCACUUCCUGACCGCAAGGAACUGACCUUCCAAGCCACAUGGCUUGUCCUCAAG